CUUGUCACACUGCUUGCGUGCUCAGCUCGUGUCAACUGGUUCAUUUGCUUGCACUCUGCAUUGCUUCAUUUUAGAAAGGGAAAUGGAGGUUAUGCCUAAAAGUUAUCCGGUCGUGAGCGAGGAUUACAAGAAAGCCAUUGAAAAUGCGAGGAAGGAGCUCAGAGGUCUCAUCGCUGAGAAGAAUUGUGCUCCGAUCAUAGUCCGUUUAGCGUGGCACUCAGCUGGAACUUUUGAUUGGAAGACCAAUACCGGAGGUCCGUUCGGUACCGUGAAGCAUGCCGCUGAGCUUGCACACAAGGCUAACACCGGUCUCGAUAUUGCCAUCAAUCUUCUCGAGCCGAUCAAAGAGCAGUUUCCUAUCAUCUCUUACGCAGACUUUUAUCAGCUUGCCGGCGUCGUCGCUGUUGAGGUCACCGGUGGACCUGAAAUUCCCUUCCAUCCCGGAAGACCGGACAAGGAGGAAGUACCACCUGAGGGCCGUCUUCCUAGUGCUACCGAUGGAGCGGAUCGUUUGAGGGAGAUCUUUAUUAAUCAAAUGGGUUUAACCGAUAAGGAUAUUGUUGCCCUUUCUGGUGCCCACACGCUGGGAAGGUGCCAUAAGGACCGGUCUGGAUUUGAUGGAGCAUGGACUACCAACCCACUUACCUUCGAUAAUUCUUAUUUCAAGGAGCUAUUGUCCGGAACGGGGGCAGAUACUAUGCAGCUGCCAUCCGACAAAGUUCUCGUCUCUGACCCAGUGUUCCGUCCAUUCGUUGAGAAAUAUGCUGCUGAUGAGGGUGAAUUCUUUGCUGAUUACGCUAAUGCUCACUUAAGGCUCUCUGAGCUAGGAUUUGCUGAUGACUAAACAAAAGCAGUUUGGUUUGCAGAGUAGGCACGAGAGCAGCCAACAUUUGCCUCCCAAAGAUACAUUCGUUUUUUUUCUUUUUAAAUAUAAAUUCUCGAAAGAAACAUAAUUGCUAGGCAGUUGUUGCUCGAACACUUUUUCGCCUCUAGGGUGGUUUUCAUGGUGUUUUCUUUUUGGUAAAAAAAAAAAAGAAUCCGGAAUGAUUUCC